CUCUCUUGCAUGUUUGUGUUUUUAGGCACUAAAAAUAGCCCCACAAUCUCUAUUAUACUAUAAACACGAACACAAAAAUCCAAACUUUAUUCGUUGGUCAUUGGAUGGAAUCCCAUCUCUCUUUCGUCUCCUCUUGAAAGGGAGGCUGCUUUAGGCUUCUCAGACACGGUGGCGGUUGUGAAGGGGAGUUUGACAAAGUGGGUGUGUGUUUGAUGGGGUUUAGUUAUUGCUGUAGUUACCCUUUUAGCAUUACUUUCCCUCGUCAACUUUCUCUCCUGUCUUUGAGAGAGAUAUUCUUUGCUUUAUCCAACUACACAGGGCUUCUUUUUCUUUUUUCUUCUUAGUUUAUAAAAUAAAUCAGAAAAGGGUCUCCUUUUUUCCAUCUUUUGGGGUCUCUCCUGCUGCUGCUCUUUUGUUCCAUUACAAUGAAGACUCUUAGUUGUGCUUCUGCACCAUCGGAUCCCAAGAGGGGAUCAUACCUCUGCAGUCUCUUAAUUGCACUUUCUUUGAUAUGUAGUGUUUACUUUGUUGGUUCUGCAUUUUUUGGGAAGCAAUACAAAGAAAGAAUAACUGCAUGGGGAGUGAUUGAGGCGAUGCAGACAUCUGACAUAUGCAAGGAUCGUUGCAGGCCAUCUGGAAGUGAGGCAUUGCCUCAAGGAAUAGUGACCAAAAAAUCUAACUAUAAAAUGCGGCCUUUAUGGGGUUCUUCUUUGAAAAAUGACAAUCCACCACCUUCAAUGAGCUUGUUAGCAAUUGCAGUUGGGAUAAAGCAAAAGGCAAUAGUGAACCAAAUUGUUGAAAAGUUCCCUUUAAGUGAUUUUGUUGUGAUGCUUUUUCAUUAUGAUGGUGUUGUGGAUGAAUGGAGGGAUUUAUCAUGGAGCAACAGUGCCAUCCAUGUGUCUGCAGUAAAUCAAACAAAAUGGUGGUUUGCCAAGCGUUUCCUGCAUCCAGAUAUAGUUUCUGAAUACAAUUAUAUAUUUCUUUGGGAUGAAGACCUUGGAGUUGAGAAUUUCAAUCCUAGAAGAUAUCUGUCAAUUGUCAAGGAUGAGGGACUAGAAGUAUCGCAGCCAGCACUUGAUCCUUCUAGGUCUACCGUUCAUCAUCAAAUUACUGCUCGUAUAAGGAACUCCAUCGUGCACAGGAAAAUAUUGAAGUUCAGAGGCAACACAAAGUGUUAUGGCAACAGCACUUCACCUCCAUGCACAGGUUGGGUGGAAAUGAUGGCACCUGUCUUCUCAAAGGCAGCUUGGCAAUGCACGUGGUACAUGAUCCAGAAUGACUUAAUCCACGCAUGGGGUCUGGAUAGAAAACUCGGUUAUUGCGCACAAGGUGAUUGGACGAAAAAUGUUGGCGUGGUUGAUGCUGAGUACAUAGUUCAUCUGGGUCUUUCAACCCUUGGCGUCUUCAAUGGAAGUGAGGCACUGCUAUCCAAGUCCAAGGAAGUUGAUAAAAGACCCGAAGUUAGGACACAGUCAUCUGUUGAAAUGAAUAUCUUCCACGAGAGAUGGGAAGCUGCAAUAAAGGAGGACAGAUGUUGGGUUGAUCCAUAUCAACUUAUUUCAAACCAAACCAGACACUGAACUUCUGAACUUUGUUUUAUUAACCGAGCGUCACACGACUUUCAUACAUAGCCACAAAUGUUAAUACUGACACAUUUUCUGCACAAGCAAAAGAUCUCUGAACCGCCAAGCUCCAGCACAUCAAAGCCACUGAGGAUCCUGAGAUGUGAUUGAUGAUUGUCUAUAUUAUAAUGUCGAAGAAUGCCGAACGGUUCUCAAUCAAACAUUGAAACAGCUUGUUGCAAUGUUGUGAUUCUUCGGUCCCUUCUUCCCAUGGCUAAAAGGAUAUGGAAGAUACACCAGAUGUGUUUAAUAGUUGAUUUUCAUAGAUAGGGGAUUGAUUCUUUAAAUGGUGUAAUACAAUUGGUCUUGGAGAUGCAUAUAGAUUUGGUUUUGAAGGAUUGGUUUUUGACAUCUUUCUUGAUGAUUUAUUGGAACCAGUCAUCUCAUUCAA